AUGGGAUGGACAAGUAUUUUGACCGUCAGUGUAUUUUAUGCAACGCUUGCAUGCUCAAUCCAGAAGUCUAAUGUCGACUUUUCAAAGUGUUAGCUCUGGAUGUGCGACGCGUGUGACAUGUGAAGUCAGAAAAAAAGAAACAGGACAUAAAAAAUUGUAAAUCGAGUGGCGCCUCGGUAAGGGAUGAACCCAGAAGGGUGGGUUUGUUGGUUAACGGAGAUACCCGAAGAAAUAAUGGAUUUAGAUGAAUUACUAUACACGGACCCGUCUAGACGUAUUCGUAUCAAGCCAAUUAAUUGUAGUGAAGGUGCCAUGAAGUAAAAUCAAAGGAUGAUGAUGGGUGAUCAGUUUCGUAGCAAAGUGGAGCAAUAUUCACCAAAAUCGUCACCCAGGGGUGCACGUUCCCCUGUUGUUGCGCGUCAGGAUUCUACAGGGACACUCAAAACAACCAUUUCCCUGGGAAAGAAUCCUUCUAUUGUCCACAGUGGACCUUUUUACUUGAUGAAGGAACCCCCUGGAGAAAGUGAACUUACGGGGGCAACAAAUUUAAUGGCCUAUUAUGGUCUGGAACACUCUUAUAGUAAAUUUAGUGGAAAGAAACUCAAGGAACAACUCUCUUCCUUUUUACCUAAUUUACCUGGAAUCAUAGAUAGACCUGGUCAUCUGGAUAACAGUUCAUUGAGAUCUGUUAUCGAAAAACCUCCAAUAGGUGGAAAAGAAUUAUUACCAUUAACUAGUGUCCAGUUAGCCGGUUUUCGUUUGCAUCCCGGACCUCUACCGGAACAGUAUCGUUAUGUCAAUCAGGCUCCACAAAGGAAACAUAAAAAUAAGCAUAAAAAACACAAACACAAGCCAGGAGAAGUACCCACGGGUCAAGAAGCAACAAUAACAGAUAUCGGUGGUUCGGAUACUCACGAGAAAAAGCACAAGAAACAGAAGAGACACGAUGAGGAGAAGGAGGCCAGGAAGAAACGGAAGAAAGAGAAAAAGAGAAAAAAACAGAAGCACAGCCCUGAACACACCGGAGGAUUAACGCCGUCUCAACAUUCCAAUUCGUGAUCUUUAAUCUUACCUUUUUUGUUUGUAUCAAACUUUUGACCUAAUACUAUAAUUUACAUGGACGCAAUUGAGCUUCUCCUUUUUGGUAAUCAAGAA